AUGCCACACUGCCAGCCAAAGCUUCUGCACGCCAGCCUGUCAUAUGUUCUUCUUGAUGCCGCCCUGAUUGGUGACCGAAUCACCUACGAAAUCCCUUGGUGGUUUGGUCAUGGAAAUUGCUUCUUUGAGAGAGGAAAUGCGGAGGUGAAGGGUUCCGGCCGCCAUGCUCUCCGCCUUUACUGCGCGGCCCAUCGUCGAGCUGCGCCAGCGCGACAAGUCGAAAAUCGAGACCAUCCUCGCCAUGGCGACCGCGUCCUCGUCGGCCUCAACACUGGCGCCCUCCGCAUAUACCGCCUCAACGAGCUCCCUCCACAGAAUUGCACCGCCUUAGCACCACCGGCCACCGAGUCCAGCGGUGAAGCACCCUCGGCAGACACAAACGGCAAGAGCCGGCCCUCGAGCGGCGGUCAGCCAACCCCCAAGCCGGCCGUCAAACCCACCGACCUCCUGCGCGAGGUGGAAAAGUUCUCGACCCGUGCCAUCGAGCAGCUCGCUAUAAUAAAAGAGGCCAACACGCUCGUGUCCCUCUCAAACUACCACGUCUCCCUCCACGACCUCCAGUCCUAUGAGCCCAUCGGGACCCUCGCCUGCACAAAGAAUGCCUCGAAGUCGGAGAUGACGACGUUUGGCAUUGGAGCUCCGGUCUCUGCCUCGAUCUCUGCGUACUUUUCAAUCAACCAAUUGUACUAG